CGAAGCGCCGCUCGCCCGCGCUAUUAAAUUAUUAAUCCACCCGACGUUCGCAUCGCAACCACGUCUUCCAGCCAUCUCGAGGUUGACCAACACAGGUGGUCGUCUCACUCAUCAGCACUCAAACCAUUCGUUCGCCGUUUUUGGUCAACGCCAAGCAGGGCCUCAAGUGCGACGUUGUCAUGUCUACUCUCGUGGCAGGGUCAACAUAUCCGCCGCAGCUCACGGAUGUUGAGCGUGAUAACCUCGUCCUGGCAAUCAAGGACUGGUCCAUUGGUAAUGGGCUCGCCAUCCGACCCCCUCCUGCUGUGAUACCCAUCAAUGCAGACCCCGCCGGUAUUGCUGCCAUAAACGCGCCAGUCACCCUAUUUCCGAGCCAGUUCCCGCGGAUAUGCUUCGAGCAGGGCAAGGCUGUUCAACAGACGUACAACGACCUGUACGCCGCCGUCAGCCGCGACGAGGACUUUCUCGCCCAUAUUGUGAAGGAGGUCGCCGACGGCGACGACUUCAUUCGGAACCUAUGGCAAAUUCAUCUGAAGGUCAAGCAGGAGGGAUACACUCAGCCGCUGUCCCUUGGUCUGUUCAGGUCGGACUACAUGGUUCAUCAAGAUGCCUCCACUACGCCACCCUCGUUGACGGCUAAGCAAGUUGAGUUCAAUACAAUCGCUUCAUCUUUUGGCGGCCUCUCUUGCUUGACUUCAAAGCUCCACCGAUACCUGGCCGCGACUGAGUAUCCCUUGAUAAAAGAGGGAAUUCCAGCUGGCUCGCUUGACCUUCCGGAAAGUAGUGCAGUCAAAGGCCUUGCUGGCGGCAUUGAGGCAGCUUUCAACGCUUACCCGCCUUCGGAGCUUGGCCAUCCCAAGUGUAUCAUCUUUCUCGUCCAAGGCGAUGAACGCAAUGUCUUCGACCAGCGCCACCUUGAGUACCAAAUCGCCAGCUCUUCUCCAAAAGCCCCUGUCUUUAGACUUGCCUUCUCCGACAUACUCACCUACACCACAGUCGCCAACACUCCAAAGCGCCAGCUCCUUUAUCGCUUGCCUCGCAACCCAGAAAAAGUAUUUGAGGUGGCAGUCAUUUACAUGCGCGCUGGGUACGGCCCAGGUGAUUAUCCCGACCAGCGAGCCUGGGAUGCACGUUACCAUCUAGAGCGCUCAGCAGCCAUCAAAUGCCCCACCGUUCUCACCCAACUCGCCGGCACGAAGAAGGUGCAGCAGGUCCUUGCCACGCCGCGAUCUUCAUCCGCACCUUCGAUGCUUGGGCGCUUCAUCAAUGAUGACACUCCUGCCGCGGGAGACUUGUGGAGGACGUUCACAAACAUAUAUCCCAUGGACACGUCCGAGGCCGGGUUGGAGGCACGCCAGAAGGCCCUCGACCCCGUGACGUGCCAAGCUUACGUUCUCAAGCCGCAGCGUGAGGGUGGAGGCAACAACAUCUAUCGAGGUGCCAUCCCCGGCUUCCUCAAAUCCGUCCCUGAGGAGCACUGGGGGUCUUUUAUCCUCAUGGAGUUGAUCACACCGCCUCCGGUAUCUAAUCUAAUCCUGCGCAACGGCAAGGUCGAGCAGGGCGGCGUCAUUUGCGAGCUGGGCGUGUACGGUACGUGUCUGUGGAAUCAGAACAGCGGAGAAGUGUUUCGAAAUGAGGAAGCGGGCUACCUCUUGCGCACAAAGGGCGACAAGAGUGAAGAAGGCGGCGUUGCGGCAGGCUAUGGAUGCAUGGACAGCUGCUCCCUUGUGUAGGCGCUUAUAGAGGAAUAGACACAAUGGAGC